AUGAUUUUAAAUCUAGCCGACGAAGAUGAUGAUGAUGAUGAUAAUGCGUAUCGUUUAAUAAAACCUCUGUAUUUUCGUCAAUAUAUAACGCCUUCAACCGAACGAACACCGAGUAUCCUUGAUAAUCUUAUUCGUCCUUCAUCAACUUAUUCGCCAAAUGAAAAAUCAACAAGUGGAACUCAAUAUAGUACAUCCUCACCUUCAUAUUCAUCAUUAGAUCCAUGUGCUUUGAAUCCUUGUGAUCAUGGAGGCAUCUGUAUUCGAAAAGGACAAAUGACUUAUGAAUGCAAAUGUGUAGGUCCAUGGCGGGGAAUACAUUGUGGUAUUGCUGAUGCAUGUUACAGAUCGCCAUGCCAACAUGGUGGUACAUGUCUUAAUGUACACGAUGAUUAUUGGUGCCAAUGUACAAGUGAUUACUAUGGAACUGAUUGCCAAAAAAAAUUUACUGGUCCAAGUUAUUCGGAAAAUCAUUGUCGACCAAAUAUCUGUCAUACAGGUCAAUGUAUUUCUCUUCAAACAACUUAUUAUUGUCAAUGUCCUAAUGAUCGCUAUGGUGAACAUUGUGAAAAAAAACUGUUCAAGCGAGAAAUUUUCAAUAUGCGAUUAUAUCAAAAUCUAUUACACAAACUUAAACGAGGCAUGCUCAAGCAAGGAAGAAAAACGCAAAAUGGUCACGAUGGUGAUGGUGUGGCAUACUAUGAUGUUAAGAAUGGAAUCUAUUUCUAA